AUGAAGGCAUCUGUUUCUCUUUACUUGUUUUUGAGUCUCUGUGGUCUGAGCUCUGCUCUCUUUAGAAAACACUUUUAUGUGAAUAAAGGACUUUACUGGCAAGAUGCACAGAAGUACUGCAGAGAGCAUCAUGAUGAUCUGUCCACCGCUAGCAGUCAGGAGGCACAGCAGCUCGCCAGUAAUCCACAGGUUAGUACUCCAGUAUUCUGGGUUGGACUCAACACUCUAAACUCAACAGAAUGGAUUUGGUCCGGAGGUGAAAAAGAAGUAUUUGAUUACUGGAACGUUGGAGAACCAAACACGAAUUAUGAGCAUUGCACUGCUAUACUGAAAUCAAAUUCUAAACUCUUCAAUGUUGUUUGCAAUCGAAAUUAUUCAUUUUAUUGCAUGGAGAGAUUUGAGCUGAUUUUGGUGCAGAACAAUAAGACUUGGGAAGAAGCUCUGGACUACUGCAGACAAAACUACAUUGAUCUCGUCAGUAUCGACUCGUCGAGGAUAAUGGCAGAGGCGAUAAAUAACACCAUGACAUCACAGACAGCUAAUGUAUGGAUUGGACUACGGUUUUUAGCUGGACAUUGGUUCUGGGUCAAUGGGGGAAAUUUUAAAUAUAAAGCCUGGUCUGAGGGAGAGCUCCAGUGCCCCUCCAAAAAUCUCCAGUGUGCAGCUUUGGAUAAAGACAACAACGUUUGGAAACCUGAAGACUGCAACGAGAGACUCAACUUUUUCUGUCUUAAGAAGUACAAACAGCCUGAACUAUUUUGA